AUGGAUGCUUUUUUGAACCGGUCAGAAAAGCAGGAUCAAGCUUUAACGACAUCAAUGGAAAUUCCUUGGGUUGAGAAGUAUCGUCCACGGAAGGUUGAGGAAGUAGCUUUUCAAAAUGAAGUUGUAUCGGUGCUGAAAAAAGUACUGCGGGGAGCUGAUUUACCAAAUUUGUUAUUCUAUGGACCGCCAGGAACAGGUAAGACAUCGGCAGCUAUUGCAUUAUGUCGACAGUUAUUUCGUAAUACCGAUACAUAUCGUGAUAGAGUUAUGGAAAUGAACGCAUCCGAUGAACGAGGCAUUAAUAUUGUUCGCAAUAAAAUCAAAGAAUUUGCUCGACGAGCUGUUUCAUCACACUUACCAGAUGGAAGUCCUGUUGUGGGAUUAAAGGUAAUUAUCCUGGAUGAAGCAGAUGCAAUGACCACCCCUGCUCAAGCAGCUUUAAGACGGACAAUGGAACGGGAAUCACGCACUACUCGUUUUUUUCUCAUUUGUAAUUACAUCACUAGAAUAAUAGAUCCGCUCACUUCUCGCUGUGCCAAAUUUCGUUUCAAACCAAUUUCAUCGGAAAGUCAGGAAAAGAGACUUAAAUGGAUUUGCCAAAAUGAGAAUAUUGAAUUUGAUCCACUAGCAAUCAGUGAAUUAAUCGAAUUAUGUGAUGGUGAUAUGCGAAAAAGUGUCACAGCAUUACAGACAAUAUCAUCAUGUCAUAAAAAAUUAGUUCCCGCUGAUGUGCGACAGUUUCUUGGAGCUGUACCGGAUGAUGUGGUGCAGCAAUUCGUAGCUUCAUGCAGAUCUCGUAAUCAUAAUCAAUUGUAUGCAUGCAUAGAAAAUAUCAGACGAGAAGGAUAUGGGGAGUGUGAAAUGCGUAUUCUCGAUGGUGCAAAUGAGUUCCUACAAUUGCUUGAUUUUGGGACGGUUGUGAUGGAACAAUUCAAAACUUCACUUUAA